AUGGCAACUUGCCACCAACCUCUACCUGCAGAUGGCAUUUUCAGUUUUAUGUCGAUCGUCAUAGAAAUCCACCCACGAGUGCUCCAGUGCGACAGUGAGAUUUCUGAAAAGUUGUCAUUUAGCGUUUCGAUCAGUCAAUGGAAUUAUCUAAAAUGGUAUGAUGAGAAACAUAAUCGGGCCACAAAACUCAAUAUGAAGAUGUUCCAUAGAGCAAGAAUUGAGAAUGGAUUAGCGAUGGUCGAAGAGGGUGGCAAGGCUCAGUCUCAUGCAGCUGGGGACGGCGAAGUUUGUUUGGGAAAGAAAACUCUUCCUAUUUUAGCCACUCUUUCGGUAUUGAUUUGCUCUGUCAAUACGACAUUAAUGAAGCAAUAUAUUUUGCAUAACUUAAAGCGGAGAGUCAGACAGUACGGACAGAUAGCGUUCAUCAACGAUGAUGCGAUAAUUGCUCAAGCAACUUAUCCAGUUGACAAAUGCGAGCCAGAGAAACACGGUGUCGAUCACGGUAUUGAUCAAAAGAUUACAUUUCUCAUCCCUAUCAUUGCAAUUCCUCGAAGGAUUUCAUUUCCACUCGAAUCGAUUCCAUAUUUCGCCGUCGUUGAUGUUCGUGUGAAAAUUGUAAGCAAUUCCGAAUGUUGCACUGUGUCGGUUGACACCUCGCAAUUUGCAGCUAUGCAUAGAAGGAUGAGACCAUCUGUCGUUGUGACAGCACAAUUACAUAACGACGACGACGACGACGACAGCGACGACGACGACGAUGGCAACGAUCACGAUGAUGAUAGUGACGAAGACGACGUCGACGGUUAUCUGCGAGAGGUGUAG